AUGGACUACCUCAAUCAAGCUGCCCAGGCAUAUGCCCAUCAGCAAAGACCAGGCUCUCAGGCCUCGGGUCCCCCUCACCAAGGCCAGCCCCAAGGCCAGGGUUAUUACCCACCCCACCAACCUUCUCCACAACCUCAUCGCUCCCCUGCUCCACCACAGAAUGCUAACAAUGGCCUCCCGCCGGGCUGGAUCGAAGAGUGGGACGCGCCAGAUAACCGCUACUUCUACAUCAAUCAGCGUACAGGCGAACGUACCUUCAACCGUCCCCCUGCCCCUCUUCAAGGCCCCCCUCCUUCCGGCCCCAAUCAUAACCUUCCUCCUGGCUGGAUAGCAGAAUGGGACGCCCCCGAUCGCCGCUGGUUUUUCAUCAACCAAAGGACCGGUGAACGCAGCUGGGACCCCCCUCGUGGACCUCCAGCCCCCGUACAGUACACCGCGGUGCAUUCAGCUGGGCCGGGACCCAUGGGCUCUACAUAUCAGCAGUCGGAAGUGAUUACGCAGGCUCCACAGCAGAAAAACCAUAACUUGGCAUACGGGGCUGGGGGAGCAGUAGCUGGUUUGGCUGCAGGAGCAUUGUUGAUGCACGAAGGCCACAAAGUUGAGGAGCACUGGGAGGGAGACAAGCAUAAGUUCGAAGACGACUUCGAAGGCCGCCGCAAUUAUGGAGACGAGGAGCGUCGUGGAGCUGGUGGAGGUGGGUAUGGCGGCCGUGGUGGGGAUACAAUCAUUGAGAAUCAGACUUUCAUCGACGAUAACGAUCGCUAUGGUGGUGGAUACCGCCGUGGAGACGACACCGUAAUCGAGAACGAGACUAUCGUCAACGAAGACAACUACGAUGAUCGUCGCGGCAAUGACACCAUCAUUCAGAACGAGACUAUCGUCGAUGAUGACCGCUACGGAGGCGGCCAAGAUUACAAUGGAACAACCGUGGGUCGAGAUGAUGGAUACGGCGACGACGGCUACCGCAGGGACGAAUACAGAGAUGAUGGCUUUGUGGACGAUGCCGCUCGAUGGACCGGGGAUAAGGUACAAGAAGUUGAAGAUAUUCCGGAUGACGCCGCUCGAUGGACUGGGGAUAAGGUACAAGAAGUUGAAGAUAUUCCGGAUGACGCCGCUCGAUGGACUGGGGACAAGGUACAAGAAGUUGAAGACAUUCCUCAAGACAUCGAGGGCGCUUUUGAUGAAGGCCGUGAUGACCGUGAGAGCUACGACGACGACCGCUACUGA